CAGCGAAGAGGGAGAGACCGACCCAAGUGAGGGAUGAAAUCGGAGUCAGAGCAGCACAAGUGUUUGUGGCAAUAAACAGACCGAGCGAGUCCAUGGACUCAUACUGAUUUCCUUCCAACAAUUUCUUGGCUCUUCUUUUCUGUUUCUUUCUCUUUAUCCAUUGCCCUCUGCUCUUUCCCUAAUUAAAAAGACUCUUGUUCCGCGGUCUGCAUCGAUUGAAAUCAAAGAAUGGUUAGACCUCUGCAUCGAGGUCCGUCUGGGCCGCGGAUAUCUGGCAGUAGCAAUGAUUUUUUUAACUCCCAAAUGAAAGAUAAAACAGAUAAAGAAGAUUUGGACAGAAGAGCUUCUUCGGAUAACAAUAGUUUGGCAUUUAAAUUUCCCAUUCGAGUACUUUUUCCGGACAAUUCUCCUUCCAAACAUGGAAAUACCGAAAAUGGCUUUACAUCUGAUCCCUUCAUGGCUGGUACUCCCAGAAGUCGGCACAAGUUAGCACUGCUACUGUUGAAGUUAAGUUUAGUUUUGAUUGUUAUUCUAGCUCUUACCGGAUCCUUUUGGUGGACACUCUCCAUCUCAACAACUUCAAGAGGUCACAUAUACCAUGGAUACCGGCGACUCCAACAGCAACUUGUUUCUGACCUGUGGCAUAUCGGAGAGCUUUCUCUUGGUUCUUCAAGGUUGAGAGACUUGGAGUUUUGUCCUCAGGAGAACGAAAAUAAUGUUCCAUGCUUCAAUGUUUCGGAGAAUCUUGCCUUAGGUCUUGCUGAUGGCAACGAGUAUGACCGGCAUUGUGAGAAUGGGAUGAGGCAAAAUUGUUUAGUUCUUCCACCUGUGAAUUAUAAGAUUCCUCUUAGGUGGCCUACUGGUAGAGAUGUCAUCUGGGUGGGGAAUGUGAAAAUAACAGCGCAGGAGGUACUUUCUUCUGGAAGCUUGACGAAGAGGAUGAUGAUGUUGGAAGAAGAGCAAAUUUCAUUCCGUUCAGCCUCCUUGAUGUUUGAUGGUGUUGAAGACUACUCACACCAAAUUGCAGAAAUGAUAGGACUGAGAAAUGAAUCCAAUUUCAUACAAGCUGGGGUGAGAACCAUCUUGGAUAUAGGAUGUGGUUAUGGUAGUUUCGGAGCACAUCUCUUUUCCAGUCAGAUCCUAACUAUGUGCAUUGCAAACUAUGAGGCUUCAGGAAGCCAAGUUCAGCUGACUCUUGAAAGGGGUCUUCCUGCAAUGAUUGGUUCUUUUAUUUUGAAACAGUUGCCUUAUCCAUCUCUCUCUUUUGAUAUGUUGCAUUGUGCACGAUGUGGCAUUGAUUGGGACCAACAAGAUGGGAUCCUCUUGAUUGAGGUUGAUAGAGUUUUGAAACCUGGUGGAUACUUUGUCUGGACAUCACCUAUUACCAAUGCCGUGACAUUUCGUCGUAACAAAGUGAAUCAGAAAAGGUGGAACCUCGUACGUGAUUUUGCAGAAAAUCUAUGCUGGGAGAUGUUAUCUCAGCAAGAUGAAACAGUUGUAUGGAAAAAGACUAGUAAAAGGAAUUGUUAUAGUUCACGGAAACCAGGUUCAGGUCCCUCUAUAUGCAGCAAAGGUCAUGAUGUUGAAUCUCCAUAUUAUCGACCACUCCAAGCCUGUAUUAGUGGAACUCAAAGCCGCAGAUGGAUUCCUAUUGAAGAGAGGAAAACCUGGCCUUCUAGGGCUAAUCCGAACAAGAGUGAACUUGCCAUAUAUGGAUUACAUCCAGAAGAACUCACUGAGGAUGCUGAGAUGUGGAAAAUGGCAGUACGGAAUUAUUGGUCUCUUUUGUCACCAUUGAUAUUUUCAGAUCAUCCAAAGAGACCUGGCGAUGAAGAUCCUUCACCGCCCUAUAAUAUGCUUAGAAACGUACUAGACAUGAAUGCUCAUUUUGGUGGUUUUAAUUCUGCAUUAUUGGAAGCUGGAAAGUCCGCAUGGGUCAUGAAUGUGGUCCCAACAAAUGGACCCAAUUAUUUGCCCUUGAUCCUAGACAGGGGAUUUGUUGGUGUUCUGCAUGACUGGUGUGAACCCUUUCCAACAUACCCAAGAACUUAUGAUAUGGUGCAUGCAGCAGGACUUCUUUCCCUUGAAAGUGAUCAUCAGCGCAGAUGUACCAUUCUUGAUCUAUUCACAGAGAUUGAUCGAUUACUUCGUCCAGAGGGUUGGGUGAUAUUCCAUGACAAAGCUGCUCUCAUCGAAUCAGCAAGAGCUACAGGGCUGAAAUGGGAGGCACGCGUGGUGGAAAUCGAAAGCAACAGCGGUGAAAAGCUCCUCAUCUGCCAAAAGCCUUUCUUCAAGAAGCAAGCAAACUAAUAAAGCAGUUUCCAAAGGGGAGCCUGAGAUACACGGUGGUAAUAUCACUCGAUUCAUAUUCAUUUACUUAUUUUACUCAAUCAUCAUAAAGCUCUGCCAUUGAAAGGAGAGGGAACCAAGAUUUUAGGACAGACGAAACCAAAGAAACAAUACGACGCCUAUGGAGCCGGUCGUAAGGCCGCCAUAGGACAUAGGGUAAUGUAAUUAUUUGUGGUAUUGAGGUCCGGAGCAAAGUGAGAGAGAGAGAGAGAGAGAGAGAGAGAGAGAGAGGAGUGUAGAUUAUAUUUUUAAUCUUCCAUGUAAUUUCUCGUUGUUACUAUACAGAACCACAUGAUUAAGAUUGUGAAGAUCAUCACAGCAUAAACAAAUGCAGUCAGUUUGUUAUAGUGUAUAAAACAUGCUUGUCAACGCAUUUAUGUCAAGCACCCUCA